AUGGAGCUCAGUCCAGACUUCUUCGAAUACACGUCUGGUAGAUGGCUGUACAAUGAAUCCCUUCGACUCCUGGAGCGAAAGCUCGUUUUCAAUGUUGGUGAACUCAAGAAAAUCGCUGCCAAGUGUCUGCGCCAGCCUGCAUCCGAAGUCAAGGAAUUCUCCAAGCUUGCAGAGGGUGGCUUCAAUCGAGUCUUCCAGAUAACCAUGAAAGAUGGCUCCCAAGUACUCGCCCGCUUGCCCUACCCUUCAACGAAACCCUAUCGACUUCCGACAGCCAGCGAAGCUGCGACUUUGGAUCUCGUUCGUGCUACCGGCGUACCUGCUCCCAAAGUCUUGUACUACUCGCCAGAUGCUCAAACCCUGUGGGGGCCGAGUUUAUGA